UAAACGAGCUGUCCCAGCAGGAGUCAGUGUAGUUGUGGCUAUUGUUGUUGUUUGAGGAGCUAACGUUUUUAUUUACUAGAGCUGCUCCGGUGCUUCUCCUGCUCCUGCUCCUUCUCCUCCUUCUCCCUCUCCUUCCCCAGCCGGACCCGCUGACCUCCCGUAUAAAACGUGGCUGACCGCCCAGCGCAGAAAGCAGCUCUGCUUCUGAUCCCCUCCAAGCCUCAGCUAGCAUCUGCUAGCUAACGCGUCCAACGGCGGGGCUAGCGGCUAGCAGAGAAGCAGGGAUGGAGUGGCGGGGCACCGGAGCCUCGUUUUACCCCGUUGAGGAGUCCGGCGGUGACCCAGCUUCAGCAGCCAGGGACCACGGGGGUGUUUACCACCACCAGCAGGCCACUGCUUAAAUCAGCUGUGGAAAGAGAUCAUCCCUGUCUGGGCUGGUUGGUGAGAUCAGUCCCUCAGGUCCUGCGUUCAGUCCCUGACACUGAUGACAGCUGACUGUGUUUGCUGCUGGGGACCAGAUAAGGCCUUUGGCUGUUUGGGUAACCAUGAAGCCACGGACAGACACCAUCAUCACAGCUUUGUGACUGUCCAAUGGCGUCUCUGUGCCAGAGCCAGCAGCGCUGUGUUAAGGCCUCAAUUGUCUCCAGCUGGAGACUGGCUGAGGCGCAGGAACAGCUGUGUUCUCUUGGGGUCCACAGCUCAGAGUCCCUGGAGCAGGAGCGUGCUCGGACACUGGCCUGUCCCACAGAGCUCACACACACGGAGGAGGAGUGGCGCCGCAAGGAGAGCAUGCUGGGAGGUCAAGAACCAAGCCGCAGUCCUGUGCUCGGAGCUGUCGGAAGUUGGGAUGUAUUUGAUAAGAGUAUAAUUAAUGCCCAAAUUCAGCCUGUUGAAAUGGACCAGGACAAAUGCAAUACGUUUCUCCAAACGUAUGAGAAUGAGCUCCGGCAUUUUGGAAUGUUGAGGAGAUGGGACGACAGUCAGCGAUUCCUUGCACACAUGCCUCAGCUCAUCUGUGAGGAAACAGCCAACUAUUUAAUACUGUGGUGCAUGAGACUACAGCAAGAAGGGAAGGAGGCGCUGAUGGAGCAGGUGGCGCACCAAGCUGUCGUCAUGCAGUUCAUCCUGGAGAUGGCCCUGAACUCUCAGCAGGAUCCCAGAGGCUGCUUCAGGCAGUUCUUCCACAAAGCCAAAGAAGGACAAGAGGUUUACUUAGAAGUCUUCCAUACAGAGCUCGAGGCCUGCAAACACAGAGUUAAAGAAUAUGCAGUGAAUUAUAGAGGUGAUACCCCGAACAACAGUGAACUACAGAGCAGUGGCACAAACUGCAGACUUGACCCCAAAGACUCCUUGGACUCUCCAGUGGCAGAGUACCCAAUGAAGCGUUGUUUAAAGGCAGGGCUGUGGACAAGCACAGGAAAGUGGACAAAGGAUGACGCCACAGAAACAGAGGACAUACGCAUGAUGGAGACCUCCUAGUGUUUGGCUCCAGCUUUUCUUCCAUCUCCAUCGUCUCCUUGUCCAGGAACAAGAGUUUUAAGCCCUCCUUCGACAGCAGAGCAGGCUCGUAAACAGCAAUACAGAGCAGGAGUUAACAGAGACAUGAUCAGUAUUUAAUUUUCAGUGCAGAAAAAAACGUUUUACUGAUGACAGGUUUCCUGUUGGCACAUCCCAGGCGUCUGGCUAUUAGCUCUUGCAGUGUUCCUUGCCCGCUAAACGUAUGCGUUGCUCAAUAACACUGGUUUUACAACCCUCUCAUCAUCUAGCUGGUUAUUGGCUGGACUGGCCACGGUCCAAUGCAUCAUCUGUGGGUGAGGGAUCUAAAUACGUUUGUGAUCAAUUCACACCAUUGGUUGGCCGGCUGAGUUUUGGAAGUUUCCUCAUUGGCUGCUUCUGAGAAUUGUUUCUGUAACACACUUGGCAUUUUCUUUGUCAAAACAGCAAGUAGUGACAAAUCUAGGCGACUUCUCGGUCAAACCACAGUUACUUGCCCCAGAGGAGAGCUGCCAGUGUUGACCUAUGGGUUGACCUGCAUCUGCUCUGUUGAGUGGGUGGCAGAGAGGAGCAGCAGUUUUAUACCCAGGCCAAAGGGUGUGUGGUGUGUAAGAGAUGAAAGCUGAUUUUAAGCUGCACUGCAACCCUGUACAUUUCCCAGAGAAGCUAAAAGCAAAUGUCUGAAUCAGUCGAACCGGACGUUAAAACCAAUUUUACACGAUAGUAAAAAGUCUGCGUAAUGCGUGACUAAGCCAAUGAGCAAACACAUAAAGAACUGAAAGCAGCUGACACUUGGCACAAAGCAAAUAUUACACGAUGACGUCAUGAUUAAUUAGUGUUCCACAACAGUUUUCAACUACGUCCACAGACUUGGGUCUUAAGGAUUUGUUUUACACAGGACUUUUAUUUUUUUAUUUUAAAGUGGCUCACUACAGCUGAAUUUGCAGACCUCAUGCUAAUCUGCAGUAUGAAUGUAUUUAAUGUCUGAAUCUCUGACAUGAACAGGCAGUAAAGAUGCUCCAGUUGUGGUGACCUGGAUGUUUCCUCCCCAGCCUUUUUCAAUUUAAGAUACUAGAAUGAAAGUACAGUUAGUUAUAGAUCAACUCUUCUUGAGUGGGUCACACAAUGGCUUUGGCUCGUUCAGGAUCCCAACUGAUCUGCAUGUUAAGGAGUUGCACACAAUCGCAAAGGUCUCUCGGGCUCACAGUUGGAGGAGGAUCUAAAAUGCAGUAUGUGUGGGUGGCACAGGUCACUCUGUUUAAAACAGAAGAUGAUAAUGUUUAGUGUAAAUGUUUCAGAGCAGCUACAUGUAAGUGUUUGUUGCUACAUAUCCAGUGUCAGCAUUAACUGCUGUUCACCGACGAGAUUAGCUGAAAAGCUGCAAAUUCAAACCUUCAAACUUGUUGGAACGUUGGAAAGCACCGACAUGUUAGCUCUUGCUUUGCUUCUGUGUGUAUCACCACCUAGCUCCCACUGAAGUUAGCAUGCUAACCAGCUAGCUCAGGCCCAUCUGGACUAUCGUCACAACUUUCCAACAGCGACUCCCUGUAGCGUCCAGUGUCCUGAAGAAGUAUUGCUAAAGGCCUUUACAAGCCCCAUCACCACCACCCGCUUCCCACAGGAAAAUCACAUGUUGCACAUUUAACUUUUACUUGGUUCUUGUCGUAGACCUUUUAUUUUGUCAACACCUGCGGCAGUUCCUUAUUUUUAGCCAGAAAAGUGACAAAGAGCAGCCGGACUUGUUGCUCAAAGUGAGGCAAGAGCACCUACGGUGAAUUAAAUUGAUGGUUUAUCUUACAACAUGGUGUGGCCUUGCAUGGUUUGCUCUGAACUCUUUGCUAAUUUGCAGUCUUUGUUUUAUGCAGAGUUUUAAUGUUUAAGAUUCUUCUUGUGUUGUCUGGAGAGGCUUAAGAUAUUAUAAAGUGAAUCAGUAAUCCAACUUAAAGCUUGUUUACAUCUGCCAUUAACGUGCAUCUGUGGCAUUCAGAUUUUAUUUAGAAAGUGUGUAGGAAACAUUUAAAUUGUGUAUUUUUCACUCUAUAAACACAAUUGUAUUCCUACUGUGAACCAGAAUAUAGCACCACUGGCAAAUAAUUGGAGUUUCAAUUUAACAAACAAUAUACAGUAAUUUAAAAGGGAUCGGUGUUGUGCACUUGGCUAUUCUGGCUCUUAUUGUUAUGUGUCAUUUAUCUUAGCUGCUGGUUAUAAGGCAAAUUCAAACACUACACUUAAGACAGCAUUGCACUCUUUUGUUAGAAGAGGGAAAGUUUGUUUGAUACAACAUGAUAACCCAGCAUUUAUUACAUGACAAGUUCAGAUUUUGAUGCACAUAAAUACAUAGCAUGACAGGAACGAGAUCAACCUAAUUUUAGUUGUAGGUGAUGAUAAAUGAUUCACAUCCAGGUACUAUCUGUGUGCCAGAGGCAUGGUAAUGGAAGGUGUAAAGAGAGCACUGCAUUUGUCACAUACUUUAUCAGUUUAAUAAUUCUCCUGUGGAACUUCCUUCACAUCUUAUUUUCAUAUUUCUGCUGAGGCACAGGUGAUCUAAUUUAACCUUGACUACACUAGAUAUUGUAGAAAACAUGCCAAAUUCUCUGUUUUAUUUUGCUAAGUCGGUGUGGGCUUUAUGUAUUUAUAUUUGUGUGGUUCAGUUAUGUUCUAUCUAGAGUAAAACUUACUUGUAUAUUCUGUACCAGCUUGCUGUCUUUUACCCAGCAUCCGAAACAGAGUCGCAACCACAAUUGUACCAAGUGCUCUGUGCAGACUGCUUUCAGUGUGUGUGUGGUUGGAGUAUGAAGGGGAGGAAAAAAAGGGCUGUGUUCUCCACCGAGAGACUUUUACUGUAUAUUUGUGUGCAGAAGGAAGCUCUCUGCAUCUGAAUGUCCUGCACUUUAAAAGUAAGCAGUUUUUACUUUUGUCUUUUAUUUUUGUUGUGCUCCCAAUCAUCUAGAAUUGAAUCAGAAACUCUGAACAUCUUUUAUUUUACAAGUAAAGCUUUGACAAGCUUGUAGUUUGAAUUGUGUUAUUUUUGUUCAGUUUUACCUUGUGUUUUUACUGUCUUCAUUUUGUUCACAGGAGCUUUUGUCACAUUCAUUAGGCUUCCAAGGAAGUCUCCCUUCAACAAUCCUGCUCUUAAUUUGACAAGACAAAAUAGCAAAUACAAUACGAUUUUUACAAGACUGCGACAUUAGGAAUAACUUCCGAUGCAUUGAAGUACAAUUCAUCAUAAGCUUCUGUGUGAUGCAUCGUUGAUUCUGCAGUGAAACAUGUGAAAAGCACUAUAAAUACUGUCAACGCAAACAGGUAACGUGAGCAGUGAUGUUAAAACCAUGUGCUGUAGUGGACUUUGAUGUUUUUUGUUUCUUUCUACAUGGUCCACAUUGACUUGUCAACUAUGCAAAACAACUGUUGGGCUUAAACUGCUUUACUCAACCUGUGGCCAGUGUCUCUGGAGUCUUUCUACAGUAUAUCCUGUGGUUUUGACUUUCUCAGCACAAGGUGUGAAUUUGGUAUCUGUAUCUCUGUCAGUCGGCGCUAAGCUUUUAGAAAAAAUCUCGGUGUAACAUUUCUUCACUGACAGCUGGCGGCAGUGAGAUUUGGCGUCUUGUUCCACUGUAAGAAACUCAAAUAUAAAACCACCAGUGCUAAAUAUUCUUAUCUUGCUGUCAAAUGCUACAGUUCUUUGUGGACCUGCUGCAAAAACAAUUCAAUGGAGCUGGCAUUUAAAACGUGAGGAAUUGAAAUUGCUGUAUAACUUCAUGUCUCAGCUGAUUGUCAAGUUGUAUCGUGGGUAAUGUAGGCUCCAGGUUUUGAUAAGAAAGAAAAAUCUGUGAAAUAAAUAAAUAUAUGGAUCUUUG